AUGACCAACAUUCCUGAUAGAACUAUCAAACGUAAAGCUAAGAAUGAUCUCAUACGUUUUGUUUCAUUCAAUGUAAAUGGUGUUAGGACUUUUUUCCAUUAUCAUCCUUUUUCUCAAAUGAAAUCUUCCUUAAGAGAAGUAUUCGAUUAUUUUGACUCAGAUAUCAUUACAUUUCAAGAACUUAAAACCGAUAAACUAGCUAUAUCAAAAUGGGGUAAAGUAAAUGGAUUUUAUUCUUUCAUAUCAAUUCCAAAAGUGAAAAAAGGUUAUUCUGGUGUUGGUUGUUGGAUAAGAAUACUACCAGAUAAUCAUCCAUGUCAUAGUGCCUUAAAGGUUGUAAAAGCAGAAGAAGGAAUUACAGGCCUAUUGACUGUUAAAGUUAAUGGACAACAAAUAAGGUACAGAGAUGAUGAAAGUCUUGGAUUAGGUGGAUAUGAAGAUAUUGGUGUAUCAGAUGAACAAAUAUUGUUAGAUCUGGAUUCUGAGGGAAGAUGUGUCAUGGUAGAACUUGCAUGUAAUAUGAUUAUAAUAUGCGUUUAUUCACCUGCAAAUUCUGGAUUAACCGAGGAAGGCGAACUUUUUAGAAUGAAUUUCAUUAAGGUUUUAUUUAAUAGAAUACGGAAUUUUACGAAGAUGGGAAAGAAAGUUGCAUUCAUGGGUGAUAUAAACAUUUGUCGUGAUCUAAUUGAUAGUGCAGAUUGCUUGAGUCUAGCAAAUAUCAACCUACAAGAGUACAAUACAGGAACAGUCGUGGAAGAAAAAUAUCAUUCGGAAGCGGUUAAGUUUAUAUUGAAUCCCGAGACACCUCAUAGAAGGUUAUUGAAUCAAUUGUUAUCAGAUUCGAUCAUCCCAGAGUUAGCUGAUGACGGUAUUCUAAUAGAUAGUACACGUUAUAUACAAGGAAGGGAUCGAUUAAAAAUGUAUACAGUGUGGAAUACAUUGAAAAAUACAAGACCUUCAAAUUAUGGUUCUAGAAUUGAUCUUAUUCUUUUGACAGAUACUUUGAAAACAGAUUUAGUGGAUGGUGAUAUCCUUGCAGAUGUUAUGGGAUCUGAUCAUUGUCCUGUUUAUACAGACAUGUCAUUUGACUCAAUGCUAACUGACACAAAACCCACCAAUUCAAAAACCCUAAGAUUUGAGGCAAGAUAUAAAUAUAACCUGAUGAACCAUGACAUUCUUUCUAUGUUUGCGAAAAGAUCUAAAACAGCACCACUGCCAAAAACAAUGGAUAUAUCAUCAACGACAACUGCUUCAAGUACUACCAGAAAUGGAAUGGCUAAGAGGGAAAAAUCGAUCGAUACUUUUUUUAAGAUCACUAAAGUGCAAGGUUCCAAACAAAAGCUAUCGAUCCCGGACACUCAUCAAGGCAAACAGAUAAACCUACAUACUACCAAGAUCACUACAUCGCAAGGUGAGGCAAAAUCGCUAAAAGAUAUAUUUGGGAAACCUCCAGUAUGUAAUCAUGGGGACGCAUGCAUUUUGAAAACAUCCAGAACAUCAGAUAAUCCUGGAAAAAAGUUUUGGACAUGCCAAAAAUCUAGAGGUGAUCCUAACGACCCUAAUUCCUCAUGUGGUUUCUUUAAGUGGGUAUAG